CCGGAAGUCAGUGGAGGAAGCUUGGACUGUGGGAACGUACUAAUGUUAUCGGGAAGAUGAACGCCCUUAGCGUCCUCGUGGCGGGAGGGAGGUGGAGAUGGUUUCCAGUUCCACUAGCGUCAUCCUUGUUGCAGGCCCUACCUCGUUCCUGCUGUCGGAAAAAAUCCACUAAGAAAAUGAUUCCCAACAUUGCUUUUAGUGAUGAAAGUACAAAGGAGUCUGGAAAUGCAGUUGACAAGCUCUUCUCUUCAGAACAGCAGGCUUCUAUCUUGCAUGUGUUGAAUACAGCAUCUAAUAAAGAACUUGAAGCUUUCAAAUCACUUCGUGGAAGAAAGUCCAUCAACAUUGUCGCGCACAGAGAAAAGUUUGGGCCAUUUCAGAAUUUGGAGAGUUUAAUGAACGUUCCCUUGUUCCAAUAUAAAACUACCAUUCAAGUUUGUAACUCCAUUCUUUGUCCAGAGACUGGAGGGAAAAAAAGAAAGUCACAGGAAAACCGGCUCUUGAAAAAGCUCAUCAAACCAGAAGUAGGAAGAGAGAGACUGAAGGCAGUUAACAGUAUCGUAUCCAUUGUUUUUGGUACUCGAAGGAUUGCCUGGGCUCACCUUGAUCGUCAAUUGGCAGUGCUGGACUGGCAGCAAAAUGAAUGUUGCCAGUUGAUGAAAGGGACAUACCUAUCAUCUGUCUAUUUAGAAGAGAUUUCUUCAGUCAUUUCAAAGAUACCUACAGCCGACUUCUAUAUUCUGGAAAAAACAGGACUUUCAAUUCAGAACUCAUCUCUGUUUCCUAUCCUGUUACAUCUGCAUAUCAUGGAAGCCAUGCUGUAUGCCUUGUUAAAUAAAACUUUUGCCCAGGAUGGCCAGCAUCGCGUGCUGAGCAUGAACCGAAAUGCUGUGGGCAAGCACUUUGAACUGAUGAUUGGGGACACCCGGACUAGUGGGAAAGAACUAGUGAAGCAGUUCCUUUCUGAGUCUGUGCUUAAGGAGCCUCGGGUAUUCUUCCCAUCAGAUAAGAUAGUCCACUACCGACAGAUGUUUUCAUCUACUGAACAAAAUAGAAUAGAAGAGUUAUAUGAUUCAAUAUUACAAGCUAUUGCUUUCUAUGAAUUAGCAGUGUUUGACACUGAACCUUAAAAUUCUGAUACCAUCUGUUAUUUUAAAUUAUAUUUAUUAGCUUUAAAGUUGUAAAAACCAACUGUUUUGAACAUCCAUGUUAAUGGAGAAGAAAACAUGUUUGAGUGUAUUUAGAUAAAGUCAGACUUGGCUGUUGAAUGGUUUAUUCAAUAAUAAGCCAAAGCCAAAUCAAUAAAUACUUUAUGAGAUUCUUGCCUUUUAGGUUUAAGUGUUAAACAGUACGAUACCCCCUAAACGGCCAAAACAAGAAACAAAAGUUAUCUUCCCUUAAAAGCAAAUACCAUCUAUACUAAAAAAUUUCCUGAAAUAGGGAAUACAUAAUGAGUUGUUCUGGAUGGUGCUUAUCGUAAGAAUAAAGCUAAAUAUAACUGGUAAUACAACUUGUGGAACCCUCUUCUGAUUCUGUGAAUAGAAUGUGGUUUGAUGCAAUGCUUCCAAAAGGUGAUUUUCAUCAGCUCUAUCAAGUCCAAAGCAAACAAGCUUUGUCUAAUAGGCUCAUUAUAUUACUUUGAAAUCUUUUACUUGGCAGACCAUCUUUUGAUAAGCGCACUUAAAUUUUUUUCUACAUCUCUCCAUUUUCUAUUACAUCUGCCUUAGUUCAGGCCCUCCUUAUAGCUCACCUAUACUGAACCUAAGUCUCUUUGAUGUCAAAGAAUUAGGUCUUUUCUUUAAAAGUGAAAUAUACUUGUUGGGAAAAAAUUCAAAUAAUCUGAAAUAUAUAAAAUAAGUGGAAGUCCUCCCUUCCAGCACCUUGUAACUCCCGAGGGAGUUUGUUGCCAUACACAUGUAAACCUCUACAGCUACAUGUAUGAACGUAAACAUCCCCACCUUGGAAAUGUAGAUAUCUCAAACUACACACGUCUGAAAUCAUUGUCUUCCCUCCAAACCACCUCCUUUGCCACCGUUUUAUACUCUGGUAAACAGCCUCCCCAACCAUCCAACUGUUCAUACCAUUCAUGUGGUAAUUUACUUCCGACAUAUUUCUGGAAAUAGCUAUUAAGUGAAAAUGUCUCUUUUAGACACUUAUAGGACAGGAUGCUAAAUAUUGAAAACUCAUCAAAAUUUGCUUUUAUCAUAAAAGUGAAUCUAAAUCUUAAAGGAAUUUAUCACCUUUAAGAUUUGAGGAAAAAAUUUCCCCAAAUUAUGCUAAAUGUAAAGAAAAAAAGGUAGUAAAUAUGUCCCUAUUAGGAAGGAAAAUAUCCCUACUAUUUCUUGAUUUUUCAUUAUUUAUAUAAUUCUAUGGAGUUAUUUUACUUUGGUUCCUCAGUUAUUGAGAAUUACUAGAAUUUUCUAAUAAUAAAAGAAGACCAAAUUAACAAGUAAGUCUCUACAGGUAGUGUACUCUUGUAUUCUAGAAAAAAAAAUAAAUCCAUAUACUUAAAAAAAAAAUGAUUUAGAUGUUAUCCUUUCUUUUGUACAGGACAAAACCUGUAAGAUAUAGCCUGUACCCAAACCUAUACA